UAUUCACUCUCUAUACUGCCAUCUGUUGCAAAGUUCAAACUCAGUGUGUUAAAAGUUGUAUUUACAGUGUGGAAUAGCUUUUUGAGAAAAUCUAAAAAAAAAUCACUAACAAUAAGAUGGCGUACGAUUUGAAGAAUGAAGAGGAUGUAAAAGAAUAUCUGAAGAACUUGCACAUAGAAUAUAAAUUCGGUUGCUACAGUGAGAAAAAACCGGAAGUGUGUCAUCUACUCGGCGAUUUUCACGAAGCUGUGAAAGGAGAAAUGGAAAAUGCCGCUGCGACUUACAAGGCAAAUUGUGACGAUUACAAUUAUGGGAAAAGCUGUGCAAAGUACGGCGACUUUAAAGCAAUCGGUAAAGGCUGCAAGGUGGACAUGCCAACGGCGUACAAAUACAUGUCCAAAGGUUGUGAGUUAAAUGACGAGAAUGGCUGUUUGCACGCCGGUGUUUUGGGAACAUCGAAACGCGAUCUCGGAGAAAAAGAUAGGAUUACUCAGGUACAAAAAAGUGUCAGUCAGUUGAAGAAGGCUUGUGACAUGUUCAACUCGGACAAAGCAUGUUUCUAUUUGUCGAGUAUCUACCUGAGUGGUCUCGAGGAUAUUAUCGAUAAAAAUUACAAAGAAGCAUAUAAAUUGUCGUUGAAGAGUUGCGAGUUUGGCAAUCCGUACGCUUGCGCGAAUCUGUCGCAGAUGCACACGCGAGGAGAAGGCGCGCAAAAGAAUUCCGAGCUCGCUAAGACUUUCAAGAAACGCGCCGUCGAACUAUACGAAGAAAUGAAACAGUUGCAACCCGAAGUGAAGUUCCAUCAAGGUAUAAAUCCUUAGUGCUCGCAGAUCGCGUACUUCACAUCAAAUCGAUCAAAGAGUUUUUUUUUUUCAUGUACAUUUAAAUCAACGAUUAAAAAAAAGAAAUGAACUUUUUGAUCAAUCUAGUCUCUCGUGUGCCGAAUAAUUAGAAAUAUUAUUGUUUAUAAAAACAAUAUUGUUGCAAACAUCAUAUUGUUCACAAAUUUCUGACUGCUAUUGCUGCGAUUCUAAAUAUCCGAACACACAAAUUGUUAAUAAAUUUAAAAUAUAUGUAAACUAAAAAAUAUAUAUACACGAUACGCGUGUAAUCAAUCCUUGAUC